AUGAUAUCAGUGAGCGGUUCCCAGUCUCUUCUCCUGGUAGUUCUGUGCAGUGUAUUAUGCUCCAGGACUCUGUGUCUACCAGCAAUCACCACGUACUCUUCCUUGAGUCGUUCAGGACCUCUAAGUGGAGAUGGUGGUGAGGACUGGACCAACAACCCGUCAAUACAAGAUCUGGAGAGCUAUAAACUUCUCUACGAGAUCGCAAAUACCGUUGAAAGACCGACCAGACAUGCUGACGGUCUGUUCACUAGUGGAUACAGCAAGCUACUUGGCCAGCUUUCUGCAAAAGAAUACCUCGAAUCCUUGCUUUCUAAACGAGUCAGCGAUGACUUUGACGAGGACCAGAUGCCGGUGAAACGCCACUCAGACGCUGUCUUCACAGAUAACUACAGCCGCCUCCGUAAACAAAUGGCAGUCAAAAAGUAUCUUAACUCGGUUCUAGCAGGGAAGAGGAGGUAA